AUGAACCACCUGUCCCUGAGUGAGCUGUGCUGCCUAUUCUGCUGCCCUCCAUGCCCCAGCAAGAUCGCCUCCAAGCUGGCCUUCCUGCCCCCGGAGCCCACCUACACCCUCAUGUGUGACGAGAGCGGAAGCCGCUGGACCCUGCACCUCUCUGAGCGCGCAGACUGGCAGUACUCGGCACGUGAGAAGGACGCCAUCGAGUGCUUCAUGACGCGCACUUCACGUGGCAACCGCAUCGCCUGCAUGUUUGUACGUUGCUCACCCAGUGCCCGCUUCACACUCCUCUUCUCGCACGGCAACGCCGUGGACCUGGGCCAGAUGAGCAGCUUCUAUAUCGGCCUGGGCUCACGCAUCAACUGCAACGUCUUCUCCUACGACUACUCGGGCUACGGGGCCAGCUCGGGGAAACCCUCGGAAAAGAACCUGUACGCCGAUGUGGACGCCGCCUGGCACUCCCUCAGGACACGGUAAGUAAGGGGACCAGGGGGGCGGAUGUGGGAGGCGAUGGUGGGGUGAGAUGGCAAAGAUGUCUGUGACGUUGACGUGUCCUACUAAGAGUUGUUGACUAUCUUUCCACCUUCAGCUCGCUCCAUGGCUUACACGCCCUUGGUUGGAAAGCGAGGUGGGGACAGCUUUUCUUUUUCGUUUUCAUUGAAUGAUGUUUGAAAAUGUGUAGGCUAGGGGCUGUUUCCUACACCCUCUACUUGUCCGCCCACUAGGCAAUGGUUUUCUGUUCAUGGGUUCCUCUAGCGGUCCCUUUGGCCCUCCGUCCAUCCAUUUAUCCAUCGCAAUGAAUUGAUCCCCAUGUAACCUCUACUCUCAACACUCCCAUCUCUCUCCCUUCUCUAUUCCUCCCUUUGUCCUCUAUGACAUCCCCUCCCCAGUGUGUUUUCUCUUGCUGACAGCUCUGCUCUGGGUCCCAUACUGACACACACACACACACACACAGCUUCCCUGUGUCUGCGCAUGUGCACGAUGUUUUGGCUGAAUAUUUAGUUUGUGGCUUUGUUUAUGCACAGUUUUUGUGGGGUGAAAUAAAAGUUAAUCCAGAUUUAUUUCCUGCAUCAUGAUGACAAAGCAACAAAUGAGUCAGAGAAGGGAAGGAAUGUCGAAAGACAGAAUAGAGUGACUAACACAGAGUGCCACUUGGGCCCAAAUUGCCCACCGUGAUGACAUUGACUAGAAUAAGUGGUCCUUCAUAUAAUAGGCCCCCUUUGGGGAAGUCUGAGAGUAAAGUUAAACAGGAAACUAUUACCAUACAGAGACUAGUCUACAUACAGCAGGUAAUACUGUAGCUAGGGCUGAGAAACCUGUCUGACUGCUACAACUUUUACAUUUGAGUCAUUUUAGCAGACUCUCUUAUCCUGAGCGACUUACAGUUAGUGCCUUCAUCUUAAGAUAGCUCGGUGGGACAACCACAUAUCACAGGCAUAGAAAGUAACAUUUUCCUCAAUGUAGCUAUCAGUAGAGUCAACGCUAGAAGGGAUGGGUCAAGUGCAAGUUCUGGUUAAGUUUUUUUGUAUUAGUAUUUUUUAAAAUAUUUUUUGGGUGAGGAGGAGAUACUCUUUGAAGAGGUAGGGUUUCAGAUGUCUGUCUGGUUGUCCAGCAAAACUCGAAUCCGUUUGACUGUAGCCAUUCUCUUCUGUUGCUGAUCUCCCUCCUACACAUAUUACCACACUGUGUGUGUUUGGAGGCUGCUCUGUUCUUGUCCUUUGUGUGCGACGUUUCCUAUUGUCUGUCUUGUUCACACACACACACACACUAAUGAAACAACCACAGUCCUGUAGAAACACACACACACUGCCACCUGUGACCGGAUCAGAAAACCAGUUUUUACAUUUCAUUAUGGUCAACAGAAUCAGGCUUGAUCAAAUGAUCCUCCGAUCGAGGAGGAUGAAUGCCCGGGGGUGGGGUUAGAGAUAGAUGGAAGAGAAUGAGCAUUGGAUUGUAAAUUACACAAUCCUUAUAUUGCUGUGCUAGCCAACAGUUUGUUUCUUGGACACGCUGACCUGAUUUGCUGCUGCUUUUGAAAUCGGAUUCAUAUACUGCACACUGAUUUCUGUUUUGUAGCUGCUACUGUCUCUGUUAUGAUGCUAUUUUUCAGGGUUUGAAUUAUACUGCGGCUUUUGGUAGAGCCUGACCGAUAUAUUGUUUCACCGAUAUUAUCAGAUGAUAUUGACCUCUUACCAAUAGAUUGAUAUCGGGCAACAAUUACACCAAUAACCGAUAUUCAUUACAUAGGAUGAAAAAAGGGAAUUUCAUGCUUAUCUGAACUAUUUGCGGCCAUUCGCAUAAUGUCAUUGUCACAAUUUAAGAAAACAUUUGAAGCAUAUUUCUUGGACAGUUACUCUUUUGGAUGACAAUAUUUGAGAACUCAGUGUGGAGAAAUGUCACUUUAAUUUCCACGCUGUUAAACAGUAUAUCGGCAGAAAUUGUUAUCUGUAAGUUUUGGCCCCCCCCAAAAAAUUGGAAUCUGUAUUGGACCCCAAAAAUGUAUCUAUAGAAAUGAAUGGGGGCUUUUCUUACAGUUGCACAGACACACCUGCCCAUCAUAUAGGCUAGCUACCUAUUUAUUAACUAGGCCUAACUGGGGAGGAACUUAGUGUUGGAGCCAAAUUCCCAUUGUCUUUAUUUGUGCUAUAUUUGUUUGCCCCAAUUUAGAAUAUAUUAUGAAAUAUUACCUAUGAUGAUGUAAUAUUUACGCUACAGACGUUAUUGUUGAGAAGACCAAUUUUCGGGAUGUCUCAUGGUCUGACAAACACCGAUGUAGCUCGGCCACCUUCCACCACAGAUGCGGAAGGCCGACGUAGGUAGAUGCGGUGGAUUGAGACGCAGCCCAUGCAAAAUACCAGGUAUCUCUAGUUUAAACGGACAGAUUUGUAUGGGGAUUCUUUCAUUAUGUUACUUAAAUUGACGCACAUGUGCAUCAAUAGACUCUUAAGGAUUAACUGGGGUUUUGGGUGGGCAGCCUGGAUUCACAUGGCUGUACCAUGAGAAGCUAUUAGAGGUGUUUGCUUGUUUUCUGUCCAAAUUUACUGCUACGGUGUAGCUACAUAGAUAAAGUAGAACAUUUUCAGGAGGCCAGUAUUGAAGGACCAUCAAUCUGAUUUAUGGCUCCAGUAAUGUGACACAGAUAAGCAGAGCUUUCUCUCUGGCAUAGUGUUAGGCUAAACUGCACAUGAGUGAGGAGUAGGCCUCCUGUAGCUCAGUUGGUAGAGCAUGGCACUUGCAACGCCAGGGUUGUGGGUUCGAUUCUCACGGGGGGGGGGGCCAGUAUGAAAAAUUUUCACACUCACUAAACUGUAAGUCGCUCUGGAUAAGAGCGUCUGCUAAAUAACUUUUAAAAAAGAGAGAGAAAAAAAAGAGUAUAGUCACUGCCUGUUUCCAUGCCUUAAGGCUACAGUAGUUUGGACACGUCUGUGGGACAGACGGUUCCUCUUUGCAUUGCAAAUUCCAUAACAGAUCUCAUUAAGUAUGAAGAAGGCAGCAGCAUCAACAGUGAAAGCACUGGCAUCCCAUCUACCAACGUGGGCUUCCAUUGGUCAGAAGCGGAGAGGAGAACCUCGAGACAGCACGACAUGGGUGGUGGGGUUUGUAGUCCCUGUUGAUUGACAAUAGCCUAAUUUCCACUAUCAAGCCAGACGAGGCUGUGCUACUUUUAAUUUGGCCCAAGGCUUAGUAUAGCCUAGCUCUGUGCCCGAUUUGAGUGCUUCAGUCCCUACACUUUUUCAAAUGGCCAGUGAUUGCUGUUUCCAACGUCACAUUGUAUUCCACCUCAAAUCUAUGCCAGGUUCUGCCGCACUAUGCCACUCAUCCACUGGUAAUCCAAAGAUCCAUGUCAGUUUUGAUCCAUAAUUGCCAAACUGACUGACACCCUCAUGGUAGAAGAUGCCCCUAAUGGCAGAUCCAAGAUAAGCCCACCCCUCCCGGAAGUCUUAUUUGAAACCACAAAGAGGGCAAAAAGACACAGACGUCAGAUCAGUGCAAUGGGGAUCUUCCUCACCCUGCAGCCUCCAUGUCACUGCCUGCCCCAAGUAUCCACACGGCAUGUGAUGUUAUUCUCCAUUUUACAGGGAGCCCUGGCCUCCUUUUUAAGUCACAUGGUUCAUCUUGGUGUGUUUCACUGCCCCGUGUUUGACUUAACAGAGACAUGUUCUGUCUCUUGUUGCCUGUCAAUCAUCUGAUCACAAUGAUGCAAACAGUCACAACUAAACUCACUGGGUUCAGACAGAGUGGGGAAACCCGUACAUUUCUUUGAUGCAGAUAUGAUAGACUUGACCAUAGAAUUAAGAGUUAGAGUACUCUAGUAAUUUAAUAGGAUCUCUAUGGACUUGAAUCCCUACAUGAGUGUGUUUGGCCUGUGGUUGACUGCAGGUCAUAUCUGAAAUAAGGUGCUUGUGCGUCUUAUGGUUGGGCAGUAUACAUUAUAUACCGUAUCCUGGGGUAUUACAAAUAUCCCUGGUAUGAUUUUCAAUACCAUUAUUUGUUUUUUUUUGUUUUAUUAAUGUGAAUAUUUGUAUUUUUUAUAAAUACCUGCAGUCAACUUGUGCGCUAGGUAAUAGAUAAAGCUGAUCGUGUUCAUCAGUUCACCUGUUAGAUUAUUUUUCAUUAUGAAGCUUACCAAUACUAGUUUCCCAGUCACGUGUGUAUUUACAAAAAAGCACAACAAGCAAAAUGAGAGCUUUGUGAGGUGAGUCACUCCUGCAGCGCAACUAAAGGUGAUCAAGUUACACUUUUAUGAAAUUCACUACUAAUGUUUGCCAGCUAUAUAUCUUCACUAUUAAGUUAGCUAUCUAAGAUGUACCAAAUACAUUCUCUCCAGCUGGGUUUUGCUAACUUGUUAGCUAAGUGGCUAAAGUUAGCUUGCAAGAUCAAGCUUCUUGGUAACAGCAGCAGAGACGAUCCCCUCCUGGAUUAAGAUCUGAUGUCUAUUUGUUUUUUUGAGUGCUGCAAAUUGCGUUAGAUACUUGCAUAACUUUAUGAGCUGGGUUGUCUAUCCUAGUAGUUAAUGUUCGCAUCCGCUCGUUAGCAUUUACCUAGCAUCCGCUAUGGGAAUUCCUUAGUACUUGCUAGCAUUUUGUUACCAUCUUGCUAACUAAUGUUUUUUGGACAUAUAAUUGCGCCCCUUGUGUGCACUGCUGGUAAUACCGUAUAUCCUGGGAUGCCACAGGCACGGUAUGAACAAAGAUUUUUAUAGCUAACCCAGAUGGACCAGAGCCUGUCGUUUCCAAUGGGAGCAAAUGAAUCAAAGUCGGCAGAACAAGUAAGGAGGUGGGCAGAGGCAAGCACGAGCUAGGGAGAUUCUAUUGGCGCGUUCUAUCAUUUAUUUGCAUAUUUCAGUUAGGGAACUCAUAUUCCGAAGUUUGCGUGUGCAAUAACUCAAUUUGCCUUUCUAAACUAAAAUGAACUGAAACUUUGGCAGAGGGUAAAGUCUACAAAACGCAGUCCACUCUGUUUGUUACAGAUUCUAGUUUUGGAAACAGAAAACUGUGUCAUGACAGUCAACGAGAAUUCAAAUAGGUCAGAUCAGGUUUGCAAUUAAUAACUUCAAUCAGACCCCCUCUCACCCGUAGAGGGGGGGUUAACAGCUCACACCCUGUCGUAAAUCAAGGGAGAAGGCCCAGGCUCUCCCUCUCAAGAUCCCCAAAGGAAUGUCUUUGUUUAACAGACUUUUUCCCGCUGAAACUUUAACACGUUCAAAAGCGAAUACUGGAACAAUAUUUCUAACAUAGAACGUGGGGAAUGGUUGGACACUAAUGUCAUAUUGGUUGUUAUUUUGUGAUGUUAUUAAAAAUGCUAUAAAGGAAAUACUGUAACUUCGAAAGUAUACCCACUAUAUGUACGAAGUGUCCAUCCUAUGCAUUGUGCAUGUAAUAUGAAAAAGGAUGAAAGUAUUUUUAAGAUAGGGAUGUGAUUUGAGAAAGCUAUACAGUGGGGAGAACAAGUAUUUGAUACACUGCCGAUUUUGCAGGUUUUCCUACUUACAAAGCAUGUAGAGGUCUGUAAUUUUUAUCAUAGGUACACUUCAACUGUGAGAGACUGAAUCUAAAACAAAAAUCCAGAAAAUCACAUUGUAUGAUUUUUAAGUAAUUAAUUUUGCAUUUUAUUGCAUGACAUAAGUAUUUGAUACAUCAGAAAAGCAUACCUUAAUAUUUGGUACAGAAACCUUUGUUUACAAUUACAGAGAUCAUACGUUUCCUGUAGGUCUUGACCAGGUUUGCACACACUGCAGCAGGGAUUUUGGCUCACUCCUCCAUACAGACCUUCUCCAGAUCCUUCAGGUUUCGGGGCUGUCGCUGGGAAAUUCGGACUUUCAGCUCCCUCCAAAGAUUUUCUAUUGGGUUCAGGUCUGGAGACUGACUAGGCCACUCCAGGACCUUGAUGCUUCUUACGGAGCCACUCCUUAGUUGCCCUGGCUGUGUGUUUCGGGUCGUUGUCACGCUGGAAGAACAGACACGACCCAUCUUCAAUGCUCUUACUGAGGGAAGGAGGUUGUUGGCCAAGAUCUCGCGAUACAUGGCCCCAUCCAUCCUCCCCUCAAUACGGUGCAGUCGUCCUGUCCCCUUUUGCAGAAAAGCAUCCCCAAAGAAUGAUGUUUCCACCUCCAUGCUUCACGGUUGGGAUGGUGUUCUUGGGGUUGUACUCAUCCUUCUUCUUCCUCCAAACACGGCGAGUGGAGUUUAGACCAAAAAGCUCUAUUUUUGUCUCAUCAGACCACAUGACCUACUCCCAUUCCUCCUCUGGAUCAUCCAGAUGGUCAUUGGCAAACUUCAGACGGGCCUGGACAUGCGCUGGCUUGAGCAGGGGGACCUUGCGUGCGCUGCAGGAUUUUAAUCCAUGAUGGCGUAGUGUGUUACUAAUGGUUUUCUUUGAGACUGUGGUCCCAGCUCUCUUCAGGUCAUUGACCAGGUCCUGCCGUGUAGUUCUGGGUUGAUCCCUCACCUUCCUCAUGAUCAUUGAUGUCCCACAUGGUGAGAUCUUGCAUGGAUUCCCAGACCGAGGGUGAUUGACCGUCAUCUUGAACUUCUUCCAUUUUCUAAUAAUUGCACCAACAGUUGUUGCCUUCUCACCAAGCGGCUUGCCUAUUGUCCUGUAGGCCAUCCCAGCCUUGUGCAGGUCUACAAUUUUAUCCCUGAUGUCCUUACACAGCUCUCUGGUCUUGGCCAUUGUAGAGGUUGGAGUCUGUUUGACUGUGUGGACAGGUGUCUUUUAUACAGGUAACGAGUUCAAACAGGUGCAGUUAAUACAGGUAAUGAGUGGAGAACAGGAGGGCUUCUUAAAGAAAAACUAACAGGUCUGUGAGAGCUGGAAUUCUUACUGGUUGGUAGGUGAUCAAAUACUUAUGUCAUGCAAUAAAAUGCAAAUGAAUUACUUAAAAAUCAUACAAUGUGAUUUUCUGGAUUUUUGUUUUAGAUUCCGUCUCUCACAGUUGAAGUGUACCUAUGAUAAAAAAUUACAGACCUCUACAUGCUUUGUAAGUAGGAAAACCUGCAAAAUCGGCAGUGUAUCAAAUACUUGUUCUCCCCACUGUAAGAGAUAAUUGUUUUCCAUAAGCUUUGCACAGUAAGCAGUCAUGCCCCCGAGUGAGGUCAGAGAGUGUGUCAUCCUGACGGAACCGGCCCUUUCGAGCAGAGUGUAUAAAAGGAUGGGUUAUGAAUUAACAUAUCAGACCAGAAAACGUGAAAGCGGCAGCUACACGUUUGAACUUUGAAUCUCAACAUGAGGUGGAGAGAAUAAACUCACCUCCCAGACAAUCACUGGUACGGCUGAUUAGCUGUCCUAAGUAUGGUACCUUCGAAAGCGAAUUUAAGUAGGACAAUCUGCUACUCGGCUCAAACCAUCUUAUUACGCUACUCUCAUCACCCCACUGGGGAACCAUCUAUACGGCUGGCUAGCCUAUCUUCAAAGAAGCAACUUCCAGAGCGACGGGAAGGUAAAUCAAUUAUGUAGUUCUGUUCAGAAUACAUGUCCAGUCUCCAAUGACUUGUCAACUACGAUGAAGGACAUUCUGAACCAUUUUGGACAAGAGCCUUACAAGCGUGCCGCGAAAAGGCCCAACCCCUUUCCAAGGCAGCCCGCUUCACCGAGAGAUUCCCGGCGAACUAAGACAUUUCAUGUAAAUACAUUCAUGAUUUCUAACUCAAUGUGGGCGGCGGUUCGUGUGCAAGGUAUAUGGGUACUGUAGUUGAGUGGUUUCUGAAUGUAUCAAGGUUAAGUGUCUCUGUCUCUCCCCCCCUAACAAGCCAUGCUGUCAUUCCACUAGGGACCUGUUUUCUCCAGUCAAUAACCGGUGCAGAGUGUGUAUGUUUACCCUGUGUUCCCAUUUAAUUAACUAGUAAAUAAUUAAACCAAUUUGUGUAGUACUGAAUCAUAAGUAAGGGUCGGGUUUUUGCAGAUGCAAGGAGGUUACAACGUUCAGAAUGAUGAUAUGAUACGAGGUUAUGAUUAAUAAGUUGACUGUUUAUAGAUGUGAUAGGUAAAGACCUUUUUUAGAGUUUAAUUCGGGAGAUGGUAACUCUUUAAAGAACUGCUCUCGGGGUGCCCCAAAUCCUAAUGAGUUAAUUGUUACAUGAUUAAUUUAAACGGGUAACAAUUAAACAGUUAGUUAAUUAGAGAACAGUCUUCAGAUUAGGCUAAUGUUAGUCACGUCACGACACUGUAUGGAGAUCAAAUGUUUCAUCUGAGAAAAUUAGCAGUCGGACAAAAUCCAUCUCGCUCAGUCUUCUCCCACUGCCUGCCACUGGGCUUCCUCUCAUCACAAUAUUUGGUAGUGAGUGGAAAUGCCAACCGGAUGCUUCACAUUUUAUACAUCCGGGGAAAUAUGUGGUAUGAAUGUAUUGAAAUCUGGACACCACCCACCCAAUCUUAGCAUGUCUUCCCUUUAGCAUCCUGUCGCUGUCCAUUUUAUGUGAGUUUCUCAUGCAAGUUAAAUAAGGGCUGGAAAGACUGAAUGGUCUUCUCUGUUAUUGUGUGUGUGUGUGUGUGUUAGGGCUGACCCCAUUUAGUCAAAAAAAAAAUGUGUUGGUAGAUCAGGUGUUGGUCGACCGAGAUUUCUGUAGUCGAGCAGUAUAAUAUAAUAAGAUCAUGGUCUGAUCACCUGUCUGAUUCGCUCCUGUCUGAGUGGACUGAUCAAUUGUGGUGGCCGUGGGGAUGGCACAGUCCAUCAGUCUAAGACGUGCUAAUGAAAUUAUAUAUUGUUAUAUUACAUAAGAACAAUGGUGCAACACUAAUAAAAACAUAUUAUUAUUUUAUGACAAAUGUGCUUUCUCCCGCGUUGGAUAGUGGUCGCUGUCCACAGUUCUGAAACACAUCAGUGCGCUGUUGAAUUGGUGCCUUUUCCUAGACCAUGUUGCUAUGUGCAUAAUAACGAAGUUAACCAGCAUAUUGGUUUUGAGAACAAUGCGGCGGAGGCAGCAACAGAAUGAGUUGAUGAGACAACUGCCCUUGCGUUAUUAUAUAACACAAAUGAAGAGUGAAGAAACCCAAACUUAAUUAUAGUGCAUUCGUAAAGUAUUCAGACCCCUUUUACUUUUUCCACAUUUUGUUAUGUUACAGCCUUAUUCUAAAAUUGAUUAAAUAAUGUGUAUUCCUCAUCAAUCUACACACAAUACCAGACAGAAGCCACUCCUCAGUAAAAAAUGGAGGGAAAGAUGAACGGAGCAAAGUACAGCGAGAUCCUUGAUGAAAACCUGCUCCAGAUGUGAUUAUGAUAUGCUAUUGGUCAGGCCCUAUUGUGCACUAUUUGGACGGGAUUAGUUUUACUGGGGGAGGUCGGGUAAUGUAAUGUAAUUAUGUGCAAGAGCACAAAACACCACGUGUAAUUUUAGUCCCGUCCGAAUCUGCCAUGUCAGUAAUUUUUACAUGGCAGAAGAGUGACAAUUCCAGCCAGAAUAACCUACUGUUUUUUUGGCCAACGCCAAGGUCCUUUGUUAAUACUAGUCCGUUGCAAAUCGACAUCCCUGUGUUUUGAGAGAAAUGUCUGAGUUUGAAAGGGGUUGCUCGCGGUUUGCGCGCAUAUACUUUUAACUGAUUCGAUAAAUUUAACUAAGUGCUGCGCAUAUACUUUGUGAAUGGCCUACAUGUAGCCUAUCAACUUUCACAGUGAAUGCUUUUGUUUUUAUGUUUUGUGCGUAUGAAUUGAAUAUUGCCAAAUGCAUCAGUAAAAUAUCCUAAGCCUAUUUAAUGCAACCCUUGCUGUUAAUAGAUCGCAAAGCAGUAUACAACUAACCUAAAUGUUUGGAAAUGAUAAAUUAACUUUCUCAUCCAUAGCCUUAAAACGCAUCUCAAGUGCAAUUGCACUGUUUAGCUGACAUCUGAAGGCUGGGGGGCAUUUAGGACGUAAUGAGGCUCACCAAAAUAUCCUAAUGAUUAUGAUCACACUUCCUCAAUUCAAAUAUUAUGGCGACACUAUACCAAAGAUGAUUUCAAAACCUGGGAACCAAUCUCGAGUUAUCAGUGUGGCCCUAUCACCUGGACAUGUUGGAAUACUGUGUCUUCAUUCCUAGAAUAAAAACCUCCAGGCUUCCGUCAUAACUGUCAAUUUAUUGAACAAAAAUAAGAAUUACAGGGGGCAGUUUGGGAAAAAAAAUAAUAAAAAAUCCUUUCCGAAUCGUCCUCUGGAAUAACGGACAUUCUGGAUAAAUAAUUACAUAACCAACGUUCUCUAGUAAUACUAGUCCCGUGCUAAAAGGUGUUUUGUCACAUGCGAAAAAUACACAUUAAAAAAAUGUCAACCAACCGAUUGGUCGAAAGAACAGAUGACUCUUGGUCGACUAAGAUUUUAUUUAGUCGGGGACAGCCCUAGUGUGUGUGUACUGUAUGUUCCUUUUUUGUUCUGGUGCAGGGUGAGGUCAAGUCUUUUACCUGAGUAGACGGGUGACUCAGUCAUGAGUCAGGUGUGUCCCACACCGUCAGCAGACAGCUUUGCCGGUACACGCACACUUUAUUGUUGCAUAUUGUCCCAGGGUAUAGGGCAUACAGCCAGUAUCAGUGUUAUGGCAUUGAGGCCCAGCACCUGGGUGUGUCGGCAACACCAUCUGCUCUCUUAGAGAGAGAGAACCAGUUAAUCGAAAUUGUGUGAAUCUGUUGUGUACGAAAGUGGGAUGGCACAUUCAGUGUGUGUAGUAUACACAGUUUGUUUGUUUUUGAAAUUGUUGACACCCGUUCGUGAGAGAGAGAUUCUGGACCUGAACGGGUUGUUUUGUUUUCUCAGUGUGAGCCUGCUGUGAUUGUGUGGGAUGUCAACUCCUAUAGAAUAGUGCUGUAUAAUUGUAUUUUUACUUGGACUUGGAGGUGUUCCAGCAGUCAAUCAUCCUAAGUAUAAUAUUGACUGGUAGCCUAGCAACAGAUCUCCAGAAUUUUAUAGGAUCUCUACUGAGACCCACUGCAACCACGGCAACAGCCUGUGCCCCAGGAAGUGAAAACGACAAACUUCCUGAUCAAUCAUAUUAUUGAUUGUAGACCAAAUGAAGGUCUCUUCUCCAGCAUUGACCACACACACACACGCAGCCUAGAUCCACACACACCAUGGAGAGGCCAGGGCAGCCCACACAGGAAGUGGUUUUAUUAACUCAUGUGGUUCGUAACGUCAUUUGGUAUGGGACGACAAUGCCCUGCACACAAUGGCAGCAGUGUCCUCCGUCUGAGUGUAACCACUCGAUCUUCAGUUCCGAUUGACAUGACUGGGAGCCAGUGGAGGCUGCUGACGUCCUCCCCUCAGCAGCCUCCACUGCUGGGAGCUGGACAGAGAGCAGCUAUUACUAAUGUACAGUCGGGUACGUAGCAGCAGGUCCUCUUCAGUGAAAAAUAAGACUGAGUACAGAACACACAGUACACGACCCAAUUUGCUUAUAGCCUAACCGCUUCCCUCUUCUUGAUCUCUCCUGUCAGUUCUGUUCUUCCCUUCUUUCUUCCCUUCCAUUUUCUCGCUCGCACAGCCUACUUCCUCUCUCCCGGUCUCUCUCUUUCUCUAUUCCGCUUCCUCUUUCUCUCUCUCCAUUUCGCUCUAUUUCUCGCUCGCUGACUCGCUCACUUAAAAUUCUAUUCAAAGCGGCUUUAUUGGCAUGGGAAACAUGUUUGCGUUGUCAAAGCAAGUGAAAUAAACAAAAGUGAGAAGACACAAAACAACAUCAACAAAAAAAAAAUAUAACUUAACAGUAAAUAUUGCACUAAAAAAGGUUUUAAAAAAGAAAUACAUUUCAAGUGUUCUAUUAUUCGCUAUGUACAGUGUUUUAGCAAUGUGCUAGUAGUUGUAGUACUAAUAGUAGGGGAAUAUAAGUAAACAGAUAAUAUUGGUGGUAUUUACUAUUUACAAUGUUUGUUCUCCACUGGUUGCCCUUUUUCUCAUGGCAACGGGCUACAUCUUGCUGCUGUGAUUGCACACUGCGGUAUUUCAGCAAACAGAUAUGGGAUUUUAUGAAUGUUAGACCAACAAAGAAUUUGAAAACAAAUCGAUGUGAUCUGUGGGAAAUAUGUGUCUCUAAUGUGGUCAUACAUUUGGCAGGAGGUUAGGAAGUGCAGAUCAGUUUCCCCCUCAUUUUAUGGGCAGCGGGCACAAAACCUGUCUUCUCUCGAGAGCCAAGUGCCUCACUCAAUAGAAAGGUUAUGCACACGGAGUCUGUACAUAUUCAAGAAUUUUGGGUCAGUCACAGUGGUCAGGUAUUCUGCCACUGUGUGCUCUCUGUUUAGGUCCAGGUAGCAUUCCAAUUAGCUAUUUCUUUGGUUGAUUCUUUCUAGUGUGUCAAAUUGUUAUCUUUUUGCUUUCUCAUAAUUUGGUUUGGGUCUAAUUGUGUUGUUGUCCUGGGGCUCUGUGGGGUCUAUUUGUAUUUGUGAACAGAGCCCCAGAACCAGCUGGCUGAGGAGACUCUUUUAUAAAUUAAUCCAUCUCUCUGUAGGUGAGGGCUUUGUGGUAGAAUGUGUGUGCAUCGCUUUCUUUUUAGGUGGUUGUAGAGUUUAACAGCUCUUUUCUGGAUUUUGAUAACUACCGGAUAUAGUCAUAAUUCUGCACUGCAUGCAUUGUUUGGUGUUUUGUGUAUAUUUUUGCAGAAUUCUGCAUGCAGUCUCAAUUGGGUGUUUGUUAGGGCUGUGACUUUAAUUGAAUAACCAUGUAAUUGACUGUGAUGGAUGAAGACCGUUUAAUAUGCAACAAGUUUUGAUUUAUUUCAUACCAUUUACAUGCUACGUGUGAGCAAUAAGCAUGUCUGGUUUCUCUGUCCUCUUAAUUUUGACGGAACGCACGCACCUGAGCAUGCAUAGAAGUACCUGGCCUACUUCUCGCAAAUGUAGGAAAGUGCCCAGCUGGGCUUCUCAGUCAUUAUUUUUUUAAAAGCUCCAUUCAAAUUAUAAUUGUUCCUCACAGUAUUUGAAAAAUCUUUCAAACACUCUCCUCCUCGAUAAUCAGCGUCGCUGAUAAAUAGGCUAUGGACAUGUUUUGUGUAUUUGUUUCUAUUUUAAUCAUUGUCAAUUUCAUCUUCAUACUAUAGCAUAGCUGUCCCCUUCAUACUUUCCUUGUCAAUUCAUUAUCUUAUAGGCUUUCUGAAAGUAGGCUAAGGUAGGCCUAGGUGUUUUUAAUAUGUUUUAAGGAAAGAAUAAACAUUUGCUUGUCUGACAUACGCUUGUGGUUUUGGUGCGUGCUUUUACGUGGGUGCGUGUGAGUUCGCUGAUUUUCUCUAUAUGUCCAUCCAGAAAGUUUCCUAAUGUAGCCUGUUUGGACUCCAUCUCUUUAAUAAGAAUAAAAUGCUCCUGUCAUGAUUUAGCUCUUAUAAAAGGCAUAUUUUCAGUAGCUUAGGCUACAUUAUUUAUCUCAAUAAGUGUACUUCUUGCGACUAUUUCGGGAAAGAUGGGACAAAACCCAUCAGACUUCGUUUGAAUGAUUUUGUGCGUCGAAAUAGGAUCUGUUUAAAAUUUUUGGUAUGCAGAAAAGCCAACCGAGAAGGACAAGGUAGGCAUAUCUUUAUUUUGACUCAGUUAAUGUUGUCAAUACAAAAAUGCGACAGAUCCUCUCCAACCUGACAUUUCUUAAUUUGUUGAUUUAAUAUUUAUAAGUAAUAACCUUAAUAAUAAUAAUAAUAAUAAUGAAAUGCCAUGAUAAUCACAGUGUAAUGGCUUGUUUCAAAUAGGUUUUAUUAAGAACCAUUUAACGUAUACAAGUGUACAAACAGAAUUGUAACCUCCCCCCCUGUGUACAUUAACCUGGCCAAUUACCAUAACCUCAAAUUCCAAGACCACCACAGCCCUAGUGUUUGGCCCGAGACCUCACUACAAUAGAUGGCAAUGGGUUCUAUAACUGAUUGAAGGAUUUUUUGCCAGAUCCUAUUUGGGAUGUUGAGUUUUAUGUUCCUUUUGAUGGCAAAGGUAGAAGGCCCUUCUAGCCUUGUCGCUUAGGUCAUUCACAGCCUUGUGGAAGUUACCUGUGGUGUUACUGUUUAGGCCGAGGUAGGUAUAGUUCUUUGUGGGAUCUAGGGCAACGGUGUCUAGAUAACAUGUGUAUUUGUUUUCUCUCGCUCUCCCCUCUCUCGCAGAUUGCAUUAUUGGCAUGAAAUACAAUUUGAUGGCUUUCCCAUAGAACUCUAUUCAACAUUUUGGGACAAGGUAGACCCUUCUUUACACAAAUGACAACACACGUCACUCAAUUCAGUAGUUCCAUGCAUAAAACAGUUAUUUAAGUUAUAUUAAAACCAGGAGAAUCUGGAGUCCCCUUCUGAUUAGAGACCCGUAAGUUGAAUAAAUUGACAAUAAAAUGAUAACAAAGGUUAUAAGCAAUAGAAUGGCAAAAGUCAUACCAGACUUGAUACAUAUCAAACAGGGUUUAUUAAAAAGAGACACUUGCAAAUACAGGAACAUAUUUCGGUUUAAUGCAAUACGCAAAAAAACAAGAGAUUCAUCAAUAAUGGCUGUUGAUGCCGAAAAGGCUUUUGACCCUCUUGAAUGGCCUUUUCUAUUCAAAACUUUGGAAGCGUUUAUCUUUCCAGCUGAAAUAAUACAUUAAAUAAAAAUAUUAUAUAAAUGUCCUAAAGCAAAAAUAUACACUAAUACAUUAUCAGAUGAAAUCGCUUUAGAAAGGGGCACAAGACAGGGAUGUCCCCUCUCCCCCCUCCUGUUUGCACUGGCAAUUGAACUGCUUGCAGAAAGAAUUAGACAGGACCCAUAUGUAACAGGUAUUGGUAAACAUGAAUAUCAACUAAACUUAUUUGGAGAUUAUCUCCAGAUUAUACCUGACUCGUAUUGAAAACUCAAUGCCCCCUUUGCAAAAAAAAUAUUUUCAGAAUACUCAAAUCACAGGAUGUAAAUGGAAACAAACAAUAAUGGCAAUAGGAAAAAUAAUAACUCACGAUCUACAGCAAUCCUUUUAAGUGGACCACAAAAAAUAUUGAAUACUUAGGAUGCUUAAUAAGUGACAACUUUAUUCAAUUACUCAACAAUAUAUAAGCAGAUCUAAUGAAAUAGAAUAAUCUUCCCAUAAAUCUUGAGGCAUCACUACAGACCUGGGUUCGAUCCCAGGCUGUGUCACAACCGGCCGUGACCGGGAGUCCGGUGCACAAUUGGCCCAGCUUCGUCCGGGUUAGUGGAGGGUUUGGCCGGAGGGGCUUUACUUGGGUCAUCGCUCUCUAGUGAGUCCUUGUUGCGGGCCGGGCUCCUGCAGGCUGACUUCGGUCGUCAGUUGAACAGUGUUUCCUCCGACACAUUGGUGUGGCUGGCUUCCGGGUUAAGCGGGCAGGUGUUAAGAAGCGCGGUUUUACGGGUUAUGUAUCGGAUAACGCAUGACUCGACCUUCGCCUCUCCCGAGCCCGUUGGGGAGUUGCAGAGAUGAGACAAGAUCAUAAUUGAAUAUCAUACAAUUGGGAAGAAAAAGGGGAUAUAUAUACAGUGGGGAAAAAAGUAUUUAGUCAGCCACCAAUUGUGCAAGUUCUCCCACUUAAAAAGAUGAGAGAGGCCUGUAAUUUUCAUCAUAGGUACACGUCAACUAUGACAGACAAAAUGAGAAAAAAAUCCAGAAAAUCACAUUGUAGGAUUUUUUAUGAAUUUAUUUGCAAAUUAUGGUGGAAAAUAAGUAUUUGGUCACCUACAAACAAGCAAGAUUUCUGGCUCUCACAGACCUGUAACUUCUAAUUUAAGAGGCUCCUCUGUCCUCCACUCGUUACCUGUAUUAAUGGCACCUGUUUGAACUUGUUAUCAGUAUAAAAGACACCUGUCCACAACCUCAAACAGUCACACUCCAAACUCCACUAUGGCCAAGACCAAAGAGCUGUCAAAAGACACCAGAAACAAAAUUGUAGACCUGCACCAGGCUGGGAAGACUGAAUCUGCAAUAGGUAAGCAGCUUGGUUUGAAGAAAUCAACUGUGGGAGCAAUUAUUAGGAAAUGGAAGACAUACAAGACCACUGAUAAUCCCCCUCGAUCUGGGGCUCCACGCAAGAUCUCACCCCGUGGGGUCAAAAUGAUCACAAGAACAGUGAGCAAAAAUCCCAGAACCACACGGGGGGACCUAGUGAAUGACCUGCAGAGAGCUGGGACCAAAGUAACAAAGCCUACCAUCAGUAACACACUACGCCGCCAGGGACUCAAAUCCUGCAGUGCCAGAUGUGUCCCCCUGCUUAAGCCAGUACAUGUCCAGGCCCGUCUGAAGUUUGCUAGAGUGCAUUUGGAUGAUCCAGAAGAGGAUUGGGAGAAUGUCAUAUGGUCAGAUGAAACCAAAAUAGAACUUUUUGGUAAAAACUCAACUCGUCGUGUUUGGAGGACAAAGAAUGCUGAGUUGCAUCCAUAGAACACCAUACCUACUGUGAAGCAUGGGGGUGGAAACAUCAUGCUUUGGGGCUGUUUUUCUGCAAAGGGACCAGGACGACUGAUCCGUGUAAAGGAAAGAAUGAAUGGGGCCAUGUAUCGUGAGAUUUUGAGUGAAAACCUCCUUCCAUCAGCAAGGGCAUUGAAGACGAAACGUGGCUGGGUCUUUCAGCAUGACAAUGAUCCCAAACACACCGCCCGGGCAACGAAGGAGUGGCUAUGUAAGAAGCAUUUCAAGGUCCUGGAGUGGCCUAGCCAGUCUCUAGAUCUCAACCCCAUAGAAAAUCUUUGGAGGGAGUUGAAAGUCCGUGUUGCCCAGCGACAGCCCCAAAACAUCACUGCUCUAGAGGAGAUGUGCAUGGAGGAAUGGGCCAAAAUACCAGCAACAGUGUGUGAAAACCUUGUGAAGACUUAGAGAAAACGUUUGACCUGUGUCAUUGCCAACAAGGGUAUAUAACAAAGUAUUGAGAAACUUUUGUUAUUGACCAAAUACUUAUUUUCCACCAUAAUUUGCAAAUUCAUUAAAAAUCCUACAAUGUGAUUUUCUGGAUUUUUUUCCCUAAUUUUGUCUGUCAUAGUUGACGUGUACCUAUGAUGAAAAUUACAGGCCUCUCAUCUUUUUAAGUGGGAGAACCUGCACAAUUAGUGGCUGACUAAAUACUUUUUUCCCCCACUGAAUAUCUACAUAGGCGUACAGAGGCCCAUUAUCAGCAACCAUCAGUCCUGUGUUCCAAUGGCACGUUGUUUGCUAAUCCAAGUUUAUCAUUUUAAAAGGCUAAUUGAUCAUUAGAAACCCCUUUUUGCAAUUAUGUUAGCACAGCUAACAUAAGCAAUAAACACAGCAAUAAAACUGGCCUUCUUGAGACUAGUUGAGUAUCUGGAGCAUCAGCAAUUGUGGGUUUGAUUACAGGCUCAAAAUGACCAGAAACAAAGAACUUUCUUCUGAAACUCGUCAGUCUAUUCUUGUUCUAAGAAAUUAAGGCUAUUCCAUGCGAGAAAUUGCCAAGAAAAUUAAGAUCUCGUACAACGCUGUGUACUACUCCCAUCACAGAACAGUGCAAACUGUCUCUAACCAGAAUAGAAAGAGGAUUGGGAGGCCCUGGUGCACAACUGAGCAAGAGGACAAAUGCAUUAGUGUCUAGUUUGAGAAACAGACGCCUCACAGGUCCUCAACUGACAGCUUCAUUAAAUAGUACCCGCAAAACACCAGUCUCAAUGUCAACAGUGAAGAGGCGACUCUGGGAUGCUGACCUUCUAGACAGAGUUGCAAAGAAAAAGCCAUAUCUCAGACUGGCCAAUAAAAAGAAAAGAUUAAGAUGGGCAAAAUAACACAGACAAUGGACAGAGGCAGAUUGGAAAAAAGUGUUAUGGACAGACAAAUCGAAGUUUAAGGUGUUCGGAUCACAAAGAAGAACAUUUGCGAGACGCAGACCAAAUUAAAAGAUGCUGGAGAAGUGCUUGAUGCCAUCUGUCAAGCAUGGUGGAGGCAAUGUGAUGGUCUGGGGGUGCUUUGGUGGUGGUAAAGUGGGAGAUUUGUACAGGUUAAAAGGGAUCUUGAAGAAGGAAGGCUAUCACUCCAUUUUGCAACGCCAUGCCAUACCCUGUGGACGGUGCUUGAUUGGAGCAAAUUUCUUCCUACAACAGGACAAUGACCCAAAGCACAGCUCCAAACUAUACAAUAACUAUUUAUGGAAGAAGCAGUCAGCUGGUAUUCUGUCUAUAAUGGAGUGGCCAGCACAGUCACUGGAUCUCAACCCUAUUGAGCUGUUGUGGGAGCAGCUUGACCGUAUUGUACGUAAGAAGUGCCCAUUAAGCCAAUCCAACUUGUGGGAUGUGCUUCAGGAAGCAUGGGGUGAAAUCUCUUCAGAUUACCUCAAUAAAUCGAGAACUAGAAUGCCAAAGGUCUGCAAGGCUGUAAUUGCUGCAAAUUGAGGAUUCUUUGACGAAAGCUAAGUUUGAAGGACCCAAUUAUUAUUUCAAUUAAAAAUCAUUAUUUCUAACCUUGUCUCUGACUACAUUUCCUAUUCAUUUUGCUAUAUUUCCUAUUCAAACUCAUUUCAUGUAUGUUUUCAUGGAAAACAAGGAAAUGUCUAAGUGACCCCAAACGUUUGAACGGUAGUGUGUGUGUGUAUAUAUAUAUAUAUAUAUAUAUAUUUAUUUAUUUAUUUAUUUAUUUAUUUAUUUAUUUAUUUAUUUAUUUAUUUAUUUAUUUAUUUAUUUAUUUAUUUAUUUAUUUAUUUAUUUUCUACUGCUUGACUAAAAAAAUCUGUCGACUAAUUGGGGUCAGCCCUAGUAGAAGUUGUGGAGUAGAGUUCCACCCUAGAGAAUACGAGGUGGGGGUGACAGAGAGAAAGGAUGGCAGAACACACACACACACACAUUCAUAUCACCUGACCUACUAAUAUUACAGUCCCUGACUGUACUGUAUAGCAGAUGUUUUAGAUUAACUUUUAUAAACAAGUGUUUUGACAACCUUUUAUGCUUUGGCCAGCCUGUUAUAGCCUGGCAGUAAAACCAGUAACUAGAUUAGAUGGAUCUGAUAUAGGCUGAAGAUGAAAUCCAGGCCUAAUGUUUGAGGUACUGCUGCUCAGAACAGUUGCCUGUAAAGAAGAGGCUGAAGUUUAACCUCUACGGGAUCGGUGUCCCGUAUACUGGACGGUUGAGCUAACGUGCGCUAAUGUGAUCAGCAUGACUGUUGUAAGUAACAGCAAACUUUCCAGGACAUAGACAUGUCUUAUAUGGUCAGAAAGCUUAAAUUCUUGUUAAUCUAACUGCACUGUCCAAUUUACAGUAGCUAUUACAGUGAACAAAUACCAUGCUGUGGUUUGAGGAGAGUGCACAACAACAACAAACGUAUCACGGCAACUGGUUUGAUACAUUCACCUCUGAAGGUAAAUAAUGUACUUACAUUCAGUAAUAUUGCUCCGAUUUGUCAUCAUAAGGGUCCCAGAGAUAAAAUGUAGCAUAGUUCUGUUUGAUAAAAUCAAUUUUUAUAUUCAAAUGUAGGAACUGGGUUCUACAGUUUGAACCCCUGCUGUCUCUGGCUCCACACCCACCCCGCCCUGCCAUCUAGAUGUGUCAAAGUUAGUGUAUAAGCUAAUGAUCCAUCAUAUAUGACAUUCCUGGGUGUGUGUAAACUUACAUUUGGUAUUACCAUAUCAUUUUUGUAUGUUCUCUAUAGUUAUGUACUUGAAAAUUUAUCAAUUGACCAAUUCGGCACAUUUGGGCAGACUUGAUACAAAAUAGUCCAGUAUUGCAACGCUUCACUGGAUCAAUCUGAAACUUUGCACACACACUGCUGCCAUCUAGUGGCCAAAAUCUAAAUUGGGCCAAAACUGCAAUAUUAUAUUUUAAAUUUUAGUAAUUUAGCAGAUGCUCUUAUCCAGAGCCACUUACAGUUAGUGAGUGCAUCAUUUUAAUUUUUUUUCAUACUGGUCCCCUGUGGGAAACAAACCCACAACCCUGGCGUUGCAAACGCGAUGCUCUACCAACUGAGCUACACGGGACCAUAUUGUGGCCUUUCUUGCAUUUCAAAGAUGAUGGGACAAAACAAUUAUAGAAAACGCAUGUUUUUUUGUUUAUCUUUUAGCAGAUCUAAUGUGUUAUAUUCUCCUACAUUAAUUUCACAUUUCCACAAACUUCUAAGUGUUUCCUUUCAAAUGGUAUCAAUAAUAUGCAUAUCCUUGCUUCAGGUCCUGAGCUACAGGCAGUUAGAUUUGGGUAUGUCAUUUUAGGCAAAAAAAUAAUAAUGUUAAGGAUCUGAUCCUUAAGAGCUUAAAUUCCACAUCUGAGGAUUCUGGUUCUUUUUAUGUAGGUUAGUUCCUAUGGGACCUUGUCAAAUGGGGAAACGCCUACCUAGUCCAUUGGAAGGCUUUGACCUCUUGGGACCUCCUGUGAGCCUCCACCCCAUCACAUGCCUGUGCUGCCACACUCCAACCAGUUGGAUGACCUACUCUGUGGUCAGUGUACACAGCCUGGCCUGGCUGGAUUUGACUGGCAGGUCGCUGGGGGCCGAGGAUGUCUGAAGCUUCAAUACAAAAGGUGUAUGUGUUCAUCAUGCACCAAAUGGAAGAAAACAGACUGAAAUGGGAAGGGACUCCUUUUAAUUUCUGUUGCAAAACGUUUUAAAACAUUUUCUGUUACAUGCCCAAAUGAACACAACCCAUGCUUUGUUUUUGUAGAGCUUCUUUGACUCACUUUUCUUCAGGGAAAUGUUUUGGAAACCUGCUAGUUGCAUGUUAUUGAUGAAUUUGAUUAAUCAGAAAAUGAGGUUGUUCCAAUGGCAACGAUCCGCUCUUUCCAUGACAACUUUUUUAACAAGUCAUUUAGCAGAUGCUCUUAUCAGAGUGAUUUACGAUUUUAGUUCAUUAAUCUUAAACUGGCUAGGUGAGCCAAUAACACAAUCGUAUCAAGUUCAUUUUUCCUUCAACAAAGUAGGCCUAUUUUUCAGCAAAGUCGGUGCUAGUAGGUAAAGAUACUCUUCAUAUAUUGAUGAAAUAUAAAAAAUAAAAAUAAACAUUUAAACAAUUAGAGGUGUCGUGUGCUGUUGUACAGCACAGGCUGGGCUGGGCUAGGUAGAACUGAUGUUUGUGCUCAGUCCUGCAGCGGUUUAGAGCCGGGAUCGUCAGCUGACUGGCUGUGUUGGUCACAUUCUCUAUAAUCAGCUAUGGACUUCUCGCUCUCAUUAUUAUUAUUAUUAUUAUUAUUAUUAUUAUUAUUAUUAUUAUUAUAAUAUAUGCCAUUUAGCAGACACUUUUAUCCAAAGCGACGUAUACAUCUCUGUAUCUCUUUAUUUCUCUCUGUGUAUUCAUUUUUCUAUGGUCUUCUGCUUGUCCCACCACACCCCUUAUUGACAUGUCAAUGGUCCCACACCUAUCCUUGACUUCCCACUUCCUCCUGAUCACUUGACUUCUAACCUGAGUAGUGACUGAAUCAUGUCAAUAGAGACUGACUGAAUAACUGUGACUAUAUUAUCAUCAUAGUCAUAUUAUCACAUAUUAGGUAUUUACCAACUUGAUGCGGAGUAGCUGAUAAUGUUUAACCCGAGGAUGUUGUGUCUCCCCUCAGGUACGGUAUUAGGCCAGAGAAUGUGAUCGUUUAUGGUCAGAGUAUCGGUACGGUCCCGUCCGUGGACCUGGCGGCACGCUACGAGAGCGCCGCGGUCGUCCUGCACUCCCCCCUCACCUCUGGCAUGAGAGUGGCCUUCCCAGACACCAAGAAAACCUACUGCUUUGAUGCCUUUCCCAAGUGAGAGAGAUACACACACACACACACACACACACACAGCGCAUAAAAGCAGUCAUGUUUGAGUCACUCUGGACUCAAAAGGUCCACCUGGUGGUCCUUGGUUGCCACCAGGUUAUGGAGAAUUGCACUGUUGACAAGGCUAAAAGGGUAAACUGCCUGCUGUUGAAAUGGCCACAUUGGGUUAUUUUAAAUCCUAUUCAUGUCAUCUGUUUCAUCAUUGGUUGGAAAUUAAACUUGCUAACAGUUCCCUUCCUCUUUUGUGCGUGUGUUUGUGGUGCGUCCAUGCAUCUGUCCUCGCCUUGCCUCCCAAAGUAUUGACAAGAUCUCCAAGGUGACGUCGCCGGUGCUGGUGAUCCACGGGACGGAAGACGAGGUGAUCGACUUCUCCCACGGCCUGGCGCUGUACGAACGCUGCCAGAGGCCCGUGGAGCCCCUGUGGGUGGAGGGCGCCGGCCACAACGACGUCGAGCUCUACGGACAGUACCUGGAGCGCUUGAAACAGUUUGUGGCCCAUGAGCUCGUCAACUUGUCAACUUGA